AUGAAGUUUGUUUUCUGUGUGGCUCUAGCAGACUGUUCCAGCGCAAAGAGAAUAAACGAUUUCUCCAGCUUGCAUUACACAAACAUCAAGGAAGAAGGAAAGGCCCAUCCGUUGAAAAGUCUUGAAAACUGGGACAGUAACGUGGUUAUCGCCUGGUCAGAACAGAAACAACCUCCAAUAACACCUGCAAACCGCUUUAAGGGUAAAUAUACAGUAAGAGAACGUCCGCCUGCUACAGUAAAAUGGCCUUCAACAAGUAAAUAUCCUUAA